AUUAUUCAAAGAGAAGUAUCGAACAAGCAAUUCGGAUUUGGUGGGAUUCCCUCAUUCUCAUCUCUCAAAAUGUGCGACGAGACGAAAUUCAGCGUAAUGUGCAGUCUAUUCAACUGGGUUCAAAGGAGCAAAUCGCCGGCAAAGAAGAGGUCCAAGUUCCGGAAAUUCCUCGACAAUUUCUGCGGCGGUCCCAAUGGGGACUACUUCGGCGCCAUGCGCCUUGUACUUUCAGGUCUUGAUCGUGAAAGGGGAUCCUACGGCCUCAAGGAAUCGGUACUCGCGACCUGCCUCAUCGACGCCCUCGGCAUUUCUCGCGAUUCGGAGGACGCUAUUCGUCUUAUCAACUGGCGUAAGGGUGGAACUGCCAAAGCUGGUGCAAAUGUUGGAAAUUUUGCACUCCUUGCUUCUGAGGUACUGCAACGUAGGCAAGGCAGCACUUCUGGAGGACUAACCAUUAAGGAAUUAAAUGUUUUGCUAGAUCGGCUGGCAUCAAGUGAAAAUAGGCAAGAGAAGAUCAAUAUUCUUGCCGAUCUAAUCAAGAGAACUAAUGCCCAAGAAAUGAAGUGGAUAAUUAUGAUCAUCCUUAAAGAUUUAAAGUUGGGAGUUAGUGAGAAAAGCAUAUUCCAUGAAUUUCACCCUGAUGCUGAAGACUUGUUUAAUGUCACAUGUGACUUGAAACUUGUCUGUGAAAAGCUGCGUGAUCGAAGUCAACGGCAUAAACGGCAGGAUAUAGAAGUUGGGAAGGCAGUCCGCCCACAGCUGGCUAUGAGGGUUGGCAAUGCAAGCAUAGCAUGGAAAAAGCUCCAUGGAAAGGAAGUUGUUGUUGAGUGCAAAUUUGAUGGCGAUCGGAUUCAAUUACAUAAGAAAGGAAAUGAGAUACAUUUCUUUUCAAGGAAUUUCAUUGAUCAUGUUGAAUAUGAACAUGCAAUUUCAAACAUCAUCAUAAAGAACAUUCUUGUUGACAGGUGCAUACUUGAUGGUGAAAUGCUGGUUUGGGACUCUUCCUUGAAUCGUUUUGCUGAGUUUGGUUCAAAUCAGGAAAUAGCUAAGGCUGCAAGAGAUGGUUUUGAAAGUGACCGUCAGUUGUGUUAUGUUGCAUUUGAUGUUCUCUAUGUGGGAGACACUAGUGUCAUUCAUCAAAGCUUGAAAGAAAGGCACGAGCUUCUACGGCAAGUUGUGAAACCUGUGAAGGGACGUCUAGAGAUUUUGGUUCCCAAUGGCGGUCUUAAUGAUCAUCGUGUUGCAGGGGAUCCAUGUUGGUCAACUAUUGCUCAUAAUGUGGAGGAUGUUGAAAAAUAUUUCAAGGAGACAAUAGAGAACAGAGAUGAAGGGAUUGUUCUGAAAGACCUUGGUUCCAAGUGGGAACCAGGUGACCGGAGUGGAAAGUGGUUGAAGUUGAAACCAGAUUACAUUCGAGCUGGUUCUGAUUUGGAUGUUCUUAUCAUAGGAGGAUACUAUGGCUCUGGACGUCAUGGAGGAGAGGUAGCUCAGUUUUUAGUGGGACUUGCAGAUCGUUCGUCCCCUGACACUCAUCCCAGGCGCUUUCUUUCUUUCUGCAGAGUUGGGACUGGACUUUCUGAUGAAGAGCUUGACGCCGUUGCAACCAAACUAAAGCCUUAUUUCCGGAAAAGUGAAUAUCCCAAGAAGGCACCACCAAGCUUUUAUAAUGUUACCAAUAACUCAAAAGAGAGACCAGAUGUUUGGGUAGAGAACCCUGAAAAAUCCAUUAUUCUUUCCAUCACUAGUGAUAUUCGUACCAUCAGGUCUGAGGUUUUUGCAGCACCAUACAGCUUAAGAUUCCCACGCAUUGACAAAGUUAGAUAUGACAAGCCUUGGUAUGAAUGCCUUGAUGUGCAAUCUUUUAUAGAAUUGGUAAAUUCUAGCAAUGGUACCACACAAAGGGACUCAAAAAGUGGCAAUGGGCAAGAUGAUAAACCAAAAAGCAUCAAACGACCAGGAAAAGGGGAUAGGAAGAAGAAGUUGUCAGUGGUUCCAGCUCAUUUCAUCCAGACUGAUAUUUCUGAAAUUCAGGGAAAUAUCUCAAUAUUCAAAAACAUGGUCUUCUAUUUUGUCAAUACAUCACAGAAACAUACCCUAGAUUCAUUGCACAAACUAGUGGCUGAGCAUGGAGGAACUUUUUCUAUGAACUCGAACAACUCUGUUACACACUACAUUGCAGCUGAAAGUAAAGGUAUCAAAUUUCAGGCAGCAAAAUCUCAGGGUGAUGUUAUUCACUGUUCUUGGAUUUUUGACUGUUGUGAGCAGAAGAAACUUCUACCUUUACAACCAAAGUACUUCCUCUUUCUUUCCGAGUCUUCAAGAAAAAAGUUGCAAGAAGAAAUUGACGAAUUCUCUGAUCCCUAUUAUGUGGAUCUUGAUAUUAAAGACUUGAAACAGAUCCUAGGAAAUGUGAAAGUUUUGGAAGAUUCAAAGGCCAUAGACUAUUAUAAGAAGAAAUUCUGUCCAAAGGAGAAAUGGUGUUGGUUUCACGGUUGUUCCAUUUACUUCCAUGUUCCAGAAGACACCUUGGAUUUGGACACAAAACUGCUAAUGAGUCUUUCAUUAAGGAGGUUGAAGCUUGAAGUUUCAAUGUCUGGUGGAAAAGUCUGCAAUAAACUUUCCGAGGCUACUCAUUUGGUCAUUACAUGCCCAGUGGAACUCCAUGUAGACUGCUCUGCCUUAUUGAAAAGUUUACCAUCAGCUGAGGCACAUCUUGUUCAUAGGAAAGGCUUGUAUAUAGUUGGAUCUCAAUGGCUAGAUUCCUGCAUCGACAAUGAGCAAAAAUUACCCGAGGAUUCAUUUAGUUUGAAGCCCGCUGGUUUUGAAGAGUUGGAAUUUUCGGAGAGAGCAGAAGAUCAAAAAUUCAGCUAUACCAAGCAACACAAAGAGCAGAAAGAGAGCAUUAAUGCAUCAAUUAGUCGAGAAAAUCCGAAGAAUUCCAACGAAACUGUGAAAAGGAAAAGAGGAAGACCUCCUAGCACUAGUGCUCCUAAACCAAAGCCAAGUUUAAUCCUUCCACGAAGAACACUACUGAGGCGUGGCAAUAAAUCUGCUAAACUAUCCAUACCUGAUGAUAGCUCUUCAGAGGAAAACACCAAUAAAGAUGAAUCCAGAAUUCAAGAAGAAGAUCCUAAAUCAAACCCGAGUCUAAUAAUAACCCAACCUCAAAGAACACUUAGACAGCAUGGAAAAAAAGCUUCCCAUCUAUAUGAAGACAUAUCCAUUAAAGAAGAAGAACCCAAUAUGGAAACUGAAAAUGAACAAGACCAACACCAAAAGGCCUUUUUGAUCGAAAGUUCGCAAACAAAAAGAUCAUCUCCAACUCGUGGAUUGGAAGUUGGCGGAGGAAAUAGAAUUGACGUUGAUGAAACUGUGGCUGAUCCAGUUCAAGCCAUGUUGUUGGACAUGAUUCCAAGUUUGGGUACACAGAAAAGCGAGAACACGAGCAGCAGUACAGUUCAACAGCCUAAAAGCGAGAACGCGAGCAGUAGUACAGUUCAACAGCCAAUUGAGGAUGAUAACUUUGAGCAGCCCGCGAAGAAGAAGAAAGUCAGUUAUAAGGAUAUUGCGGGUGAUCUACUUCGAGAUUGGUAAAAUGUUGAAGACAAUAAAAAUGACUUGUUGUGUAAUGCUUUUAAGUUUGAUUUCCUGAAUGUGACAUAUUUCGAUUAGGAUUUUUUUUGGCUUUGAACUGUCUUUGAUGAUUUCCUGAAAUCUCCAAUUGUCUCUCUUUGAAAAUUAUGUAACAUGUUGAUUUGAAACCGAAUUUUUG